AUAUAAGCGGAAUUAAAAAGGAAUUGAUCUAAGGUAUUUCGAAGAGAUCAUCGUUGGAAUUGAGUAGACAGAUAACUUCUAGAAUUGAAAUAGUAGUAAUAUUAUGGCUAGAAUAUCUACAGGGUCUUCAUCCUCGAAUCGACCACCAAUACAAUCUUCAUCUGCUCUAAGACGACAACGAGAGCGUGAAGAACUUGCUAGAAGACAGGGAAGAGGAAGUAGUAUAGGACCCAUUGUCGGAUCAUCACGAAGCCAAAUAGGAUCCACAUCUUCUAGUCGACAACGAGAAACUGGCCUUUAUCGAAAUCAGCCAGGAGACCCAACUACUACAACUACGACCAUUACCAAAAGGAGAUACAGACCAGGAACUAAAGCUUUAAGAGAAAUUAGACAAUAUCAAAAAUCAACUGACUUGUUAAUUAGGAAGUUACCAUUUGCAAGACUAGUCAAAGAAGUGGCUGAAAACUAUAUAGGAGCUGAUUAUGGGAUUAGAUGGCAAUCAAAUGCCGUUUUAGCUUUACAAGAAGCAUGUGAAGCAUUCCUUAUUCAUUUGUUAGAAGAUACAAACCUUUGUGCCAUUCAUGCUAAAAGGGUAACUAUAAUGCAAAAGGAUAUACAAUUGGCCAGAAGAAUACGUGGUGGUCAGAUAUGAUAUAUAAAUCAACAAAAAAGAAUCAAUUCAACUGUAUACUAUCAACUGUCAAUAGUUUUCACUUUUUAUUCUAUAGACAACUCUGUACAACUAAAUGUAAUAUAGUGCAAAUAUAAUGUAAAUCUAAAAAUAUCGAGGUGCCGUUUAGUUCCUAUAUCGUAGCAAUUGCAAAAAUGGAUUAAAAACUUCAAGAAAUAUAAUAGUUAGUAUGUUAGUAAAUUCGUCCUAU